AUGGCGGCGGCAGAGGAGCAGGCUGGCUGCCCUCAACUCCCCUCUGAUGUACUGGCCAGGGAGCGGGGCGGCUUCCGGUGCCUCCUAUGCGGGGUCAGCAUCCCGAACCGCCCAAGCCUCACAGAUCACCUCCGUGGACGGCGCCACACUAGGUUGUGUGAGGAGCGAGGCAGGCGGCAGCAGCAACAGGAGCGCAGUGUGUUUGUCAGUGGCUUCUCAAAGGGCACAACAGAGGAACAACUUACAGAUGUCUUUCAAGCCAUAUCCUCUAUAAAGAACAUUGUGAUGGAUAAGGACCGGGGUCUUUAUGCCAUUGUAGAGUUUGAAAGCCAGGAUGGUGUUUGCCUGGCACUUUCGGAGACAAAUAUUACAUUAGAGGGCCAUCAUCUGAAAGUAAAACCUCGAAAAAAGAAAGAGUUUAAAAAGAAGAAAGGAGGAACACAACGGAACUUGCAGCCCCCUGAUCCAGAAGCACUGAGCAAGUUGCUGAUUCGCUGCACAGAUGUGGAGGAUCAGAUGAAGAGCGUAGUAACUCUGUGUUCUCCCUCUCAUCAUGAGAGUCGUCUACGGGAAUUGCUCCUUUCUCUGCUUCGGGAAACCUUCACCGAGUUCUUUCCAGGAUGCCAGCUCCUUCCUUUCGGCUCUUCGGUAAAUGGCUUUGAGAUCAGCGGCUGUGACCUAGAUUUGUACUUGGAGUUGGGAGAGAAUGACGGGGAAGAAAAAGAAGACGUAAACAGAGAGAAUGAGGGUGUAGAUAAAGCAGAAUUAGAAGCCGAGAAUAUAGAAAAAGAUGAUGUGAGAAUCGAAGAAGAUAAGGAAGAAAGUGGAGACUUGAAGAAAGACGAUAUAUGUCCAGUGGAGGAGGAAGAUGACAGCGAUGGACUAAUGGACGUUGGAGAAAAUGAGAAUGUCACUCCUGGCCUGUCGCUGCAGGGGCUCUCCCAUGAAGAGAUCCUUAAUGUGGUAGAAAAGGUUUUACGACAGUGUGUUCCUGGAGUACAUGGGGUUCAGACUGUUCCCUCUGCACGGCGUCCAGUUGUAAGGUUCCAGCACAAAACAUCCGGGCUGAGAGGCGAUAUCACACUAAACAACAGGCUUGCUCUGCGUAACUCCUCCUACUUACGCCUCUGUUCCGAUCUAGACCCUCGGAUUCCACAGCUUGUGUAUACAGUGCGAUACUGGGCUCGGGUGAACCAGCUCGCAGGUAACCCAUUGGGAGGUGGACCCUUGCUGAAUAAUUAUGCCUUGUCUCUACUUAUUAUUUACUUCUUACAAACAAGGAGCCCUCCAGUAAUUCCCAGUGUAGAUAAGCUGAGAGAAAUGGCUGUGGAUGAGGCUCCAGUUGUGAUUGAUGGCUGGGACUGCACCUUUUCCUCUGAUCCCGCUGGAGUACAAGCUGAAAGUGAAAACCAGCAGAGCCUAAGUUGUCUUCUUUCAGAGUUCUUCUCUUUUUUCUCAUCUCUGGACCUGCGUUCAAACGUGCUCUGCCCCCGUGAUGGACAGCUUGUUCCCCUCCCCUUUUUGUCGCCAACCCCCUCCUGGGCUGAAGGUUUCCGUCUCGGCUCCCUCAAUGUCCAGGAUCCAUUUGAAUUGAAUCAUAAUGUUUGUGGCAAUGUCAGCUCCCGGAUGGCUCGGCGCUUCAGCUCACAGUGCAUAGCUGCUGCCAAGAUCUGCCGCUCUCCGUUAUACCUCCUGCGUUCUCCAUCACGCCCUUGGGGCAUCAUUUUAGUACUGCUUCCUUCAACUUCUGGGGGGGAAAAGGGAGAGGGGAUAGAUAUUUGUAUAUGUAUUAAAGGGGCUUCUUUGGAGAAUGUGUUUGUGGCUGUGAAAAGGGUGUUAGUAGAGGUGUUGUUGUGUACUUGUGAGAAUAAGCAGAGUAAGAAAAAGCCAGCAGACCAAAGUGGCAGAGAAAUGGAUGGGAAACAGGACAUGGCAGUGGAGAAAAGUGGGGAUGAUGGUGAUAAGGCAGUACCACACAUGGAAGGGCUUAUCAUUGGGGAUGAGAUAUUGGAGAAUAAUGUUGAAAAUAUGAGUGACGAUGGGGUGAAGAAUGAAUCUGAUGGAAGGAAACGGGUAAACACUGAAGAAAUCCAGACUGAUAGCAUAAAGAGGAGGAGGACAGAAACGGCAAACAAAGAGCACUGUGCAAGUGAUCAAAACAGCAUAGUUCCCGGGAAGGUUGCUUGUAAAGGAAAGCAUGCAGCUAAAACACACAAAGGCAUCUCAGAGGAAAGCGCACAUUCCAUGAGGAUACAUGUGUGGUACAGAGUAUGGGAGGGCAGACGCAAAGAGCGGAGGAGCUUGCAAGGAGAAGUAACCCAGAGAGUAAAACUGGAGGCUGCAGUGUCCCGUGCACUGUCAUCUGCAGAACAUAAAGGGGACAAACCUCUAAUGCAAAUAACUGUGAAGGCUCAGUUAACAAGUGAAGGGAAUGUACAGCUGCAUCUUGCCCCGGAUACGGACUGUUACGGAUUCAGCACCACCUUCUUCCACUUUUUAAAGGGCUUUUUGCCUUCAAUGGUUGAAGAUAUGUUAACGGGUAAAGACUGAAUGCAUUAUGUAGGUAUAAGUAGGGUUCAGGUCAGGGGAACUGAAUGAAAUCAUUUUAGUCUAAUGCGUAUUGAUCAGUAUUUGUGCUUGAAAGAUAUAUUGACUAAUAUUAACAUGUAAAUAAAGUUUUAUAUGUUUAAAACAUAAAA